AUGGCUCUCACACAACACGCUCCCUCCGUCCCCUUCGACGUCUUCCCUGAUGGCCUCAAGACCACCGGCCAGCACCCCCCGCUCUACGACCACAUCCAUCCCUUCGACAAGUUCCCCAAGCAGAUCUCAGGCCCGACCCUCUGGACAGCAGAGGAAUACCGUGACCACCCCGAGAAAUGGACACACCGCUUCACCGCCGACGAGCUCGACGAGCUGAGUCGCACCGCCGAUGAGUUCAUCCAGAAUAAGAUCCCCCUGACUGGUAUCUCCAAGAAAAACUUCCCCCUCCCCACUUUCGCCAAACACCUCGACAUCCUCCGCGAUGACCUCAUCAACGGCAAGGGCUUCAUCCUCUUCAAGGGCCUCCCUGUCCAGCAAUGGGGCAACCACAAGUCCGCCGUCGUCUACAUGGGACUCGGCACAUAUCUGGGCUACUUCGUCAGCCAGAACAGCCGCGGCCACGUCCUCGGCCACGUCAAGGAUCUCGGCGAAGAUGCGACGCAGAUCGACAAGGUGCGCAUCUACCGCACGAAUGCUAGACAAUUUUUCCACGCCGACGACUCCGACAUCGUUGGGCUGCUAUGCAUCGCGCGCGCCCUCGAGGGCGGCGAAUCCGACCUCGUCUCCUCGCAUAACGUGUACAACAUCCUGGCCCGGGACCGCCCGGACGUGCUCAAGACCCUCACCGAGCCAAUCUGGUACUUCGACCGCAAGGGCGAGACCAGCAAGGGUGAGGACGAGUAUAUCCGCACCAGCGUGAUGUAUCUCGAACGCGGAGAUAACCCCCGCGUAUACACAAAGUGGGACCCCUAUUACGUCCGCUCGCUCACCCGCUUCUCCGAUGCUGGCAUCAUCCCCCCUCUCUCCCCCGCACAGCUCGAGGCCCUGCAGGUCCUCGAGGACACCUGUCUCCAGAAUGCGCUGCAUAUGAUCCUCGAGGUCGGCGAUAUCCAGUUCCUCGCCAACUCGCAUGUGCUGCAUGCCCGCACCGCGUACAAGGACCAUGCGCCCCCCGCGCCCAGAAGACAUCUCAUGCGUCUGUGGUUGGCGACGCCUGAGGACGAGGGUGGUUGGAAGCUGCCCUUCUGGGAUAGCAAUGAGAAAAAGCGAGGGGGUAUCCAGGUCGAUGAUCAGCCGCCUGUGGCUCCUUUGGAUGCGGAGUAG